UGUAAUCUAUCGAACAUAUGGACAUAAACCGUAUUGGUUGUGACCAUGGCUAGGCACAUCGCCCAGGUGAAAAUGUGUCUCUAGGCAACGAGAUUGUAUACAAUUACCAAAAAAAGACAAGAAAAUCCCGUAAAAAAACGUAAUAGAAAUUUCAUCGACAGUAAACAAACGGUGGGACGUUAAGUCAAUUCACAAUGUUUUUGAAUAAGAAUUUUGAUAAGAAAACGGGUAUUUAUCGUACAAAAGACAACAUUGAUAGCUUUCGAUUCAGAAUAACAUUGAAAACGUUGCAUUCGUUUGUAAAAGUGCCAAAGUUCAAUGCAGAGCAAUUGAACGAUGCAGAAGAUUUGGAUGAAAUUGAAUUCUAUAAUUUUCAAUGGCAACAAAAGGAAUUCAGUUCAUCUGAGCUAAAAUUUUACAGUAACUUAGAUAAUUGUAAAACUGAUCGAACUAAAGAGUAUCACAAACGAAUCACCGAUGAUAAUCGUUACUUAGAUGAAAAUGGUACCGUAUGUUAUACGGGAAAAAUAUUUAGCUACAUCAACGAAGAUAACUACCGCGAACAAAAUUCAGAGCGUAAUGAUUUGGUUGAAUGUAUUGAACGCUAUGGUCAAUGGCAAAAUGGCAACGAAUUCGUUGGUGAUUUUUUCCCGAAGGACGCAAAUAUCGAUGACAUACAACGUGCACGCUUCAAAAAUCUUGGUCAUUUCGAAUGCAUGUACAUAAUGGCAGAUUUAAAAGAGGAGAUUUUAUUAUUUACCAUCAAAUAUAGAUCAAGCGAUGGCAUUCUGUUAAUUUAUCCCGAUUUAAAUAACAUUGACGUAAAUCCGUAUCUUAAAGAAAUUGUAUGCGAUAGUCGAAAUUUGUAUCAAUUUGCCAUGGAAAAUUUAUCGAUGGAUUGUCAAAGUGAAGCCGCUCAGCUCAAAAAUGACAUUGAAGUGCUGGCGAAUAAGUUAUCAGAUUUAUGCAUCAAAACUCCAUUAAUAUUCGAUUUGCCUGAAAACAAGUAUGCGAUGGUAUGUUUUUACUUCGAAAUCCAGUUGGCUGAACGCUUUGAAUACGAUUCAAUUCACCUAAAAUAUGACAUUCAUAUACCCGACAAUUGCCAAACAAUCGACGACGGAUUGGCACAACUGAAAGGUUCUACACAUUCAUCACGACGAAAUGCAAUUGAUGGUUGCUGGUUGAUUGGCCAUUGUCAUGAGUUGACAAUUUCUUGUCCAAUCGAUUGUUUGCUCAAAGAAUCUAUAAAAAUCACGUAUGAAGUCAUCUCGAUCGAUAGUUGGAGCCGAGAACGUAGUGAAGGAUACGCCGUAUAUAGCGUACCAUUUUUAGCUGGCAACUAUAUUGAGAAAGUUGAGUGUUAUCGUGAUUUAGGCGACAACACAUGGUUGAAUUGGUUUGAACGUUACUUUAUCGGUGGUCGGAGAAAAGUUCAAAUCAAUGAUUUUCAUGGAAUCAUCGAAACAAAUACGAAAACUUCAUUAAAUCGAUAUGGUAAUUGUACACAAUCUACUGGUCAACUAAGUAUCAGACGAAAUGUCGUGAUUCAACGAAAUAUCGAAGAAAUGGAUUGCAGUGAAUUGGAACGAAAUCCAAAUACGCGUAGGAGUCAAAAACUUCCCACAAUUUCAAACAUACUUCUUGCAUAUCAUCGAGCACGUGAAAAAUUGGAAUCCAUCGCGGAUAUAAAUGAACUGUAACCACUUCACUCAUUUGGAUUAUUUUUUGUCUGUAUGAAUGAUUUAAGAUCUAAUCUACGUGAUUAAAGCAUCUAUUUUCAAUGGAAAAAUCAAA